AAAGAAAACAGAGAAAUGGAGUUGUCCCAAUGCAUAUAAUAGUACAUCUUUGCCUCCCCAUGCCUAUACCUAUAGCAAACCUGUGUCACUUCAAGUCAGACAACAACAAUACAUUUUACUUUUAUUAUUGCACAUCAUUUUUAUAAAAACCAGAAAAACAGUCUUUCUCUCAUGAGAUUGUCUGAGGCCCAUUACCCAGUAACCUCUUGUCUAAUUAAAAAAAAUACUUUGUUUAGUCUUUGAGAUUCAAGUGUUGUUCCACCCCAGUUAGGGUGGGCCUGACUCUGUGAAUGGGCUCACCUCCUAGUACAAACGUCACAGCAGAAGAAGAGACGUCCCCCUCACCCCACUGGACCCAAUGCCAUCCAACUGUGGUGCUAUUAUAGUUCAAGCAAAGGCUAAUUGUUGGUCCUUGACAAAGGAUUGCACAGUCCAAGUCUCUGGACGGUAAUGCUGUCUCUUUCUACUGUAAGCGAUAUAAGUGCACAAGAUGUGCCUGUUUGCUUUUUUCUCUUUCUGAUACAAAUCUGGCUUGAUGACGGCUGAGAGGCAGGAGAAACUGCAAGUGGGUUUAGUGUUUUGAAACGUGUUUGUUUUUUCUGUAGUGGAGAAGAUGUCACUGGUUGUGGUUGGUACGCUCCUGUGCCUGUCUUGUUGGGUCUCUCUCUACUUUAUCCUGUGCAACUUCAACGGGUCCAGGAGCUACGAGUGGAACUGUCGCCUCGUCACCCUGGUACAUGGCAUCCUGGCAUGCUGCAUCACAGGAUACAUAGGCUAUGUCGAUGGACCCUGGCCUUUCACUAAUCCAGGUACUAAAAACAGUCCUCUGCAAAUAAGUGCCAUGUUGGUGAGCCUCGGCUACUUUAUUUUCGACAUGGCCUGGUGUGUGUACUUCCGCACAGAGGGCCCCGUUAUGUUGGCCCACCACACCAUGAGCAUCCUGGGAAUCCUGUUGACCCUGUGGUUGGGGGAGUCUGGCAUCGAAGCCUGCGCGGUGCUCUUUGGCAGUGAAAUCACCAACCCCCUCCUGCAGGCACGCUGGUUCAUCAAACAGACGGGACAUUACGGGACACGCCUGGGGGACAUUGUGGAUGUCCUGUUCGUGCUGCUGUUUGUGUUGAUGCGAGUGUUCGUGGGAGGCACAAUGCUGUACUGUGAGCUGAUCUCACCCAACCCAAGAUUCUUUAUCAAGUGUGGGGGAGUGGCUAUGUAUGCUCUGUCCUGGGUGUUCAUGGUGGACAUUGUUCGAUUUUGCAUAAAGAAGAGCAAGAGCUGGCGAAAACAGAGGAGAGACCAACAAGAAACAGUGGCAGCUAAUGGUCAUGAAGGGAAGAAUGACUGAUUGGCUUUCCAAAGUCAGUCUGUUUUUUUUUACCAUUACCAAGGGAAAUUACAAAGAAAAUCAACUUUUCAAAACUGACGUUUCAAAAUGGAUAAUUCAAAUCGAGAACCCUCCUUUGACAUCUUUCUGUGAGGUCUAACAUUUUCUGGACUUUUAUCCAGCUAAUUCAGCCGAACACAUAUUUGAUUGUUGUGUAAAAUGUGCAGUUAAGAAACAACACGGAUGUAGAUUAAGACACUGAAAACUAAAGCACUUUCUGCAAACACAUGAACAGAUGUUGCUUUCAGUUGCAAUGAACCGUGCCCUAGUAACAAGUUGUGGAAUUGCUUGCAAAGGAAAGCUCAAUGUUAGGAAAGAGACAGUUUACAUGUUAUGCCUUUCCUCUUUGUGAAACAUUUUUCAUAAUUUCAAUAGGUUUUUUGGCAUAUGUGAAACUGCGAGCAGAUGUGAAAGGUGUACUCAGGGAGAUGAAGAGUGGGAUGGAUUCCAGAGAAAUGUUUGUGAUAUGUUUGAUUACUUAGUUUAUAGCAACAAGUUUACCCUUUUCCUGCUUUCUAAAAUCUUGGUUCAAGAUCCUGCCCCUGAAACAUUCAUUUAACUUUCCACGGAUAAAUCAAGAGACACUUCUCAUAAAUAGAACUCUGCGCUGGUAAUGCUAUUGUUUUGCAGUCCAUUUGGAUAUUUAUGUUGACUUUGAAUAUGUGGAAAUGUUUGGUCGUUAUUUGAGAGGUGCGAUUACAAAGGAUACGUUGUCUGUUCUGAUAGCUCUCAGCUAAUUUCAUUUAGUAGUCACAUUUCAGUCUCACAGAGAUCUUGUUAGACAAGACAAUUCAAUUAAAUGUAUAGUUAGCUAUCUGUACAGCGUGCAAAAUCAUAUCGAGAUGAAUUGCUCAUAUCAGGUUAUUUCUUUGCAAACUUCUGUUUGACUCACUCUUAACACAUCAAAAAGUAUUUAUUUUACCUACUACCUGUUUGGAGAGUUAUGAGUUUAAGUAUUUAAUGUUUAUUUAAUGUGAUAUGAUGAUUUCUAUACUGUGAUGGUAGUUAUCAGAAAAAUGUUCAUCUCAAUAGUGAUUGUGAUAUUAUAUUGUCCAGAAAGAACACACAAGUGCAUUAUGGGAUACGAUUUAUCUUACUCCAUGACUGAAUUAGCUCCAUGCCGAUAAAGCUACCGAACUACCAGGAUUUAUCUUUGAGCUUGGAUCUGUUUUCUUAUUAUUAUGACCAUAUUUGUAUAUGAUUAUCAUCAUUAUUAUCAGUGCAUAUGGAUUUCUGCAUUAGUGUGCUAAAAGGCUUGCCAUUUAUUUAUUUUUUCUCUUUAUGUGUUAUUGAUUAGCUGUUUUUGUGGCAGAAUCAUGUGAACAUCACCAUUCUAUCAAAGAAACUAAAAAUCUAACUGGUGUGUGCCUUAGUUAUCUAUACUUUUCUAAAUAUGUGUUACUUUUUGUUCUAUGCUGUACGUUUAACCCUCCAAAAUCUACAUAGCAGUAAUGAAGGACCAUUUUGAGUUUGGGGUUAAAUGAUUUGCCUUUGUAAUCCCUUUGUGAAGUCGGAUAUACAAAUGUGACAGACUGUUUGUAUGCCUUGAAAUAAAAUGUAAACAAAAACAUUUCAACUAUAAUUGAAGGACCAGCUGCAUUUGUGC